UGAUACAGUGCUAACGAAAAUACAAACGUAGAAAUUACCAAAUUACUGUUCACCCUCGGUGACAUCCCCGAGUCACGAAGGGAUGCCCAACUGAUUUUCUGGGAUCAUAAUAAUAUUAUAUAUUAUCACAGCUGCUAGUAGUAUCUACAGCCGCCAGCCGUGACUCGACAAAUUUUGUCCAAUUCUUUGUUAUCCUCCCGCGCAAUAACCGUCAAGACAUUCCACAGUUGCCGGACGCCAGUGGACAGUCAUUUUGCGUCUAGGAUGCUCACGAAGAAGACCGUCAAUGCUGUGAACGCUGGCCUUUUAUUAAUCACUGUUUUUGUUUGGUCAUAUGUUGUUGCUGCUGCUCAGAUGAUUCAUCAACAAACAUCAUCUUGUAAUUAAUGAAUUAUCACAUCUAAAAUAUUUGAUAUUUAUAAAUCUUUAAGAGUCCUUUUAUUAAUUGUCUUGGUUGUGUGAAGUAAACAUGGAAUCAACUACUGCAAAGUCGUCAUUUGAAUCGUCUUUUAAAACAUUAUCAAAGGAAAUUAAUGACAUGUUAAUUAAUAUUGAGAAAAACCCCGCCGAAAAUGAUAAUUUCCAUAAUGUUUUACAAAAAAUCAAUCAACUUCAAGAGUUGUUAAAUGAUUCCAAAACAUUUUUACCUGCUUAUAAUAUGAAAAAGAAUUCUGAUGAAAUCAAAGAACUUACUAAGUGUUACGAACAAUUGCAUGAAAAAAUGCAGCCCAAGAAGAAAUUUACUUUUGGUAAACAACCAACUACAUCAGCAGUUAAAGCUAAAGUAGAAGACAAAUUUGAACCGAUAAAAGAGUCAAAAGUUUAUAAAGCAGACUGUGGAUUUAAAAAUCGUUCUAACGAAAAUCAUUUAAUUCUCGAGGAAGAUGAAACUUUUAUGAAAGAUGUAGCUUUAGAUGAAUUGACCAAUUGCAUUGUCCUUAUUUGUGGUACACCUAGUACCGUGCGUGCAACAUCAUUGACAAUGGUUAAUGUAUAUGUAUGUGCAAAAACAUCAAUUUAUAUUGAGAACUGUAAGGAGUGUACAUUUAUAUGUGGAUCUCAACAGUUGCGCAUUCAUGAUACCGUGGAUACUAAAUUUUAUAUGUACGUUACUAGUAGCGCUAUAAUAGAAAACUCUAAAAAGUUACAAUUUGCUCCUAUUUCAUUCAAUACAAGCUUAAUACUUAAAAAAGCAUUUGAAAUGGCUGAUUUUGAUUUGUCUAAAAAUAAUUGGAAAAUUGUUAAUGACUUUGAUUGGUUGUCUUCAGAUCCAUCGCCAAAUUGGUGUGAAAUACCGGAACAAGAACGUAAACAACCUUAUGAAGAUAACAUGUUACUUUAUUUAUUUCCAAAAUUAUUAAAUAAAGGUGGAACAAUAUUUUCAUAAGAAAAUAUGUCUUUCACUUUUACAUCGAUUAAUUUAAUUUAUAUUUAUGAUUUAAUCUUAAAAUAAUUUUAUUCUUAUAAAGUUAUUUUUUUUUUUUUUUUAAAUUAAUUAAUUUUUUUUAAAAUAAUUUUAAUUUAUUUCUUUAAAUAAUUUUCUUUUAUUUUUUAAAAAAUAAUUAAAUUUUUUUUUUUUUUUUUAUAACUAAUUUAGUUUUAGGUUUUUUUUUUAGCUUUAAUUAAUUUUUUUUAUAAAUUCAAUUCAACUUUUAUAAUAGCUUUAAUUCAUUUUUUUUUACAACUUAAAAUAGAAACUAAUAGAAUUAAUAUACUACUUGUAAUAUUAGUUUUAAGACAUAAGAAAAAUAAUUCAUUAAUAUAUUUUGGCAGAAUUUAUAAUACAUUGUGUUAAAUUUUUAACUUGGUAAAACUGAACAAACCAAGAUACAAAAUUUUAUUUUUUAAAUCUAUGAAUUAUUCUAUGGGUAAUUGUAAAACUAAUAAUAAAUUAUAUACAUGCAUAUAUUGCUGGAUACAUAGUACAAUAUUGAAAUCUGUGAUUAUUACAAUUUUUUUAAAAUACUUACUGAAAUGCUUGUAACAUGUUCUUUUUGAAAUAUGUUGUACUAUGUAAAUUACGAUUUACUAUUAAAACAAUAUCCUUGUACACUUUACUUUUUGCACAAUUUUAAGCUAAGUGGUUAGCUCAGUGGCCAAAUAGUAUAUCUAUCAUUUAGGUAUUUUUGGUUCACAUUUUGUGACUAAAAACAGUGUAUUAGUAUAAUCAGAUCACAUUAAAUACUAAAAAUUGAUAAGUGUUGCUUAUCAUAAAAAUAUUAAUAUUCUGGAAUUACUUACAAUGACUACACUGUUGUUGGGAACUGGUUUCGGAGAAGAAGAGUGGAUACUUCAUACCUAAAGAAGUCUACAGCACAUCAUUUUCAGAUGUACAAUAGUUAUUGAUUCUACAGUACCUUCAUACCUCAUACUAUUGUACUUUUCAUCUACUAACUUGUGUUUUAUUGAAAUAAACAGCCAAUUAAACUUAAAGUGACACUAUUAAAUAAUUUAAUUCUACAACAUUUUAGUCACAGACAGUCUGCAUUCUACAUUCUAUUGUUAUUUACCAAAAUACAUUUUGGUUGAAUAGUAUCUGUCUGUAAUGACUAUAAUGUACUAAAUAAUUGAAUUAAAGUAGUUUUUUUUUUUUUUGUAAGAUUGCACUACCGGCUCUUUUUUUCAUUUAUCUUAUAAUAUACUAAAAAAGUAAGGAUUGUUGCCUGUGUAGUAAAUGUAUAUCAUAGACACUUAUGCAAUUUUAUAUUGGGUAUUAUUUUAUUUAAACAUAAUAUAUUGGUGCCUCACAUUUUUUAAUUCUCAAAUCAAAUUUUUAUUAACUAUUUACUUAUUUAUUCAAUUUGUAAAACUAGUUCAAAGGUAUAAAACUAAUUUUUAUUAAGUAUUCAUUAUUAUAAAUGAUCAAUUUUACAACAGAAAUUACCAUAAAAAUGAUCAGGAUUUAUUUUAUUCACUGUAUUCAAAACUUAAAUAAUUUAAAUAAAAUAUGCAAAACAUAGUUGAUGCACUAACACAUGAAUCAAGAGAAAUAAAUUAAUUUGACUUUGGUAUUUUUCCAGUUAUAUACCACAACUAUAACUUCUAUUAUACAAGUUAUCACCAUUUCAGGAAGCUAGAAAAGACUUUAAUUUAUGAAGGUUUUAAAAUCAUUGUGUUUGAAUUAUUUUCAUACAUACUUUUUCUAAAUUAAGAGUAUAAUAAUUAACAGUUUUUAAUGGUUAACUAAAAAUAAUAUUAGUAUGAUCUCAUGUACCUAUAGAUACCUAUAUUACUGUAUGAAAUAAUAUUACCUUCAUAUAAUAAUAUAAUCCAUUUACUUAUAAAAUGCACAUCACUGCCAUGUUGCGAAGAAGAAAAUUAAUGAUAAGUGUUUUUAACCUAAGGGGAUUGGUGACGGUGAUUUCCUGUCUUUGUCUAACCGACGCACAACAUAAGAAUUCUAAAAACAGAUUUGAAUUUUUCAUCUCAAGUCUACUUGAGAACAGCCAGUACACAUUUUUGAUAUUAAAGUAUAACUUUUUAAACAAUUGAAAUAUGACAAUUUUUUAAUUAUUCAUUUGUAAUAUUUUAUGCCGGCAGUACACAUUCGCCGAGACAGUCUCGACGAAUAUACGAGAAUGCACAAGUAUGAACUAGGUGCUCUUGUGCUCGCGACUCGAAUAGCCUCUUGUCCUUUGACUCUUGCAAUAAAAACCGCCUUCCGACCGAGCGCCGUCGAGGCGAGGCGAGACAAGGUGUGAAGUGACACGAGCGCGUCUAGUUCACUCUCCCGCUCGGCUGCUCUUGCGAAGUCUCGGCGAAUGUGUACUGCCGGCAUUAGGAUUUUGGGAAAUAAUAUCAAAAAUGUGGACUGACUGUUCUUAAGAAGACUUGACAACAAAUUCAAAUUUCAAAAUUCUUAUUACUUUACUGUAUCAAUCGGUACAGUGAACAAAAAACAUGUCUGAAUUCUUAUGUUGCGCUUGUGUUAGAUAAAGACAGGCAAUUACCAUCACUAAUCCUCUUAAUGAACUAAAACCAGAAAUACAUUUUUGUAUAUUAUACACAAACGUUAACUAUUUUGGUCACGUUAAAAAAAAAUAGGUUGAAUUUCACUUUGCAAAUAAAAAUAUAUUAUUCAUUUCAAAAUACUUAUUUUAAUUAAUAUAAAAUAUAUGAGUAGAUUUGUUGAUAAGUAAAUAUUAUAAUUUAUAAAAAUAAAUAAAUAACAGUUGAAUAUAAUAAAUGGUUUUUUUUUACA